AUGAUGGAGGACCAGACGAACUCGACCAAGGCGGGGAGUCAGUACUUCGUGCACGAUGUGGAAGACCCCCUGUCUUCGCAGUCGGCGCCUCCCUUUGGAGCUGCUUCCGAUGACGGGCAGAUCGUUUCCCAGCAUGAACGGUUAGGGCUGGUCCGGGGCCUGUCGCAACGACAUGUUCAGAUGAUCGCUAUUGCGGGUGCAAUUGGCACGGGCCUUUUCUUGGGUCUGGGUGGCUCGAUCGCUGCGGGUGGUCCACUGGGCGCCCUGCUGGGCUACGCGUUUGUCGGCGUCGUGGUCUGCUCGAUCCAGUUUGCACUGGGUGAAGUCGCCGCCUUGUUACCGGUGACUGGUUCAUUCGUGCGCCAUGCAGAGGUCCUCGUAGACCCUGCACUGGCAUUUGCAAUCGGGUGGAAUGUCGUGUACGGGUGUUUCAUCAGCGUGCCGAGUGAGAUUUCCGCCAGCGUGGUGUUGAUCCAGUACUGGACGGACAUCAAUCCAGCCGUGUGGGUGACCAUCCUGAUCAUCGUGUCGGUGGUGGUCGCCAUCUCCUUCAUCCGCGUGUACGGUGAAGUGGAGUUUGUCUUUGCCAUCUUGAAGAUCCUCCUGGUCGUAUUCGUUGUCAUUCUGGGCCUGGUGAUCGACCUGGGUGGAGUGCCCGGUGUUCCACGACUGGGAUUUCACUACUGGAAAGAUCCCGGUCCGUUCGUCGAGAAUAUCGCCACGGGCUCCUGGGGUCGCUUUCUGGGCUUCUGGGCUGUCAUGACCAAUGCGGUCUACUCCUUCGCCGGCGUGGAGUCGUUGGCCAUGGCCGCUGCUGAAACCAAGAACCCUCGCCAAAACAUCCCGAAGGCUUGCAAGCGGGUGUUUGCCCGAGUGUCCAUUUUUUAUCUUGCCGCCGUUCUAAUUGUUGGUAUGUUGGUUUCAAGCGCAGAUAAACGUCUCAGCAACGAGUCGGGCACUGCUACGCAAAGUCCUUUCGUGAUCGCUGCCAGCGACGCGGGCAUCAAGGCCAUCCCAUCCAUCGUGAACGCAAUAUGCUUGACAUCCGCAUGGUCUGCUUCCAACCAGAGUAUUCUGGCAGGAACAAGAACGCUGUAUGGUCUGGCGGUCAAAGGCCACGCUCCCAAGAUCUUCCUCCGGACCACGAAGUGGGGUAUCCCAUAUAUGUGCGUUGCACUACAGGUUCUCUUUUCCUUGCUGUCGUACAUGUGUGUGUCCCACAGCGCCAUGGAUGUCUUUUGGUGGUUUGUGGACUUGACUGCUGCCGGCACGCUGGUCUCCUGGAUCACCAUUGCACUGAAUCACAUUCGCCUACUGCAAGCGUUGAAGAAGCAGGGCAUUUCGGCAGAUCAAUUGCCGUGGCAUAAUCGUAUAACACGAUAUACCAGCUGGUUUGCCUUGAUUUCUUGUGUUAUCAUCUUGUUGACUGGAGGAUUCACGGUUUUCACAAAAGGGAACUGGGAUCCUGCCUCAUUUGUGUCUUCAUAUUUGGAUAUCCCCCUCGUCCUUUUGGCAUACGGAGGCUACAAACUGAUCCGUCGGACUAGAAUCAUCCCUCUUGAUGAGGUCCCUGUUCAACAGGCAAUCGACGAAGCCAACGACGACCCUGAGAAUGUUCCUAUCAUGAAGGACAGUAUAUGGGCGAAAAUGAACAUUUUCUGGGGAUGA